ACAGGACCACCAACCUCUUCUAAUCAUCAUGAGAGUCAUAACUUUGUCUGUCCUGGCCUGCGUCCUUGUCACCCUCCUCGGAGCUGAAGGCUUUCAUUGCAAUGAUAUUUAUAAUUGCCAGCCAGGGUAUUCUUUAGCCUCUAACAACGUACCUCAUUGCUACAAACUGAUCCAGAAACAAAUGGGAUGGACAGAUGCACUGAAUUACUGUCAGAAAGAAGGCGGUACCCUGGCUGGUGCUCACUCCAUUAAUGAAUACCAGCUUCUUCUGUCCAUGGUGAAGAAGACCCAGGACAUAUCUGCGUAUGCCUGGGUGGGACUAAAUGAUCUAGAUGAAGAAGGGAAAUAUGUGUGGACUGAUGGGAGCAACGCAGAUUUUUCCUGGUCCAAGAGUGCCAUAGAACAGCAGUAUGGAGAGGAAGACUGUGUGGCACUGAACUCUUAUAAAGAAAGACAACCUGGAGGUCUUCUCUUCGGACUUCGGAAAAACAGCAGUAGAUCUCUACAGGACCACCACCCUCUUCUAAUCAUCAUGAGAGUCCUAACUUUGUCUGUCCUGGCCUGUGUCCUUGUCACCCUCCUCGGAGCUGAAGGCUUUCAUGGCAAUGAUAUUUAUAAUUGCCAGCCAGGGUAUUCUUUAGCCUCUAACAACGUACCUCAUUGCUACAAACUGAUCCAGGAAAAAAUGGGAUGGACAGAUGCACUGAAUUACUGUCAGAAAGAAGGCGGUACCCUGGCUGCUGCUCACUCCAUUAAUGAAUACCAGCUUCUUCUGUCCAUGGUGAAGAAGACCCAGGACAUAUCUGCGUAUGCCUGGGUGGGACUAAAUGAUCUGGAUGAGGAAGGGAAAUAUGUUUGGACUGAUGGGAGCAACGCAGAUUUUUCAUGGGCCGACGGUGCCAUUGAACAGCAGUAUGGAGAGGAAGACUGUGUGGCACUGAACUCUUAUAAAGGGGCUGAGGGCUUUGAUGACAUUAAGUGUAACAGUGGCUGUACCUUUAUCUGCAUGACAAUGGCUGAAAAUGCCUAAGAUGGAAGAGGAACGCAACACCAUCAGAACUCCUCUAAUUUGAUUGAGGACAUGUUCAAUACCUUUAGAUAGUUUGUUAACUCUGAAAAUCUUAUUGCAUUUUAUCUGUAAUUAGAUUUAAGAUCUACCAACCACUAAGACACCCAGUAAAAAUGUGCAAGCAAAAUAAUAGCAAACUCACAAGCCAUGUUUUGUCUAAGAUCACCGACAGGAUAGUUCUGCAUGAACAACUAAAUGUUUCUCAAUAUUCUAAAAAUAAAAUGUUUAUGUUAUGUUUAUUAUAUUAAAUUAAUAGAAAUUGUUCAGGUCUAAUAACCCCUCUAUGCUUUUAUGCCCAUCUCGUUGAAUAAAACCUUUCAGCAUCA